AUGUAGUUAAGGUAAUUAGAUGAAGAUGACGAAGAAGAGACUUGUUUUCUCUGUUUUAAAAUAAGUAGAAACAAAUAAGCAAGGAGAAGUUCAAAAACAUAGACAAAUGACAAAAUGAGUAUGCAAAAUUUAUCAUUUGAUCAUCAUAUUGCAGAAUCGAGAAGAUAAAUAAUUUAGGAUUCAAUUAUUAAAUUGACUGAUUCAGUUUUGAAGAUCUCAGAUUAUCCAAAAAAUAAAUUAUUUUUCUUAAAGAAUAAGGCUAGUAAAGAAGAAAUUAUAGCUAAAAUUACAGAAAAGAAAUUUAAUAUAAAUGAUUUAUCUGGCUCUACUUAAAGUUUAGACUCUUAAAAAUCAUCAAUAUAAGAACAAUUAUAAUAAAUAGAACAUACUCCUGAUAAUGUGGCAAGAUAUAUAGCUAAAAGAUUAAAAGAAUUUGUUAUAAUCACUGAUUUAGGUUGUGGUACUGGAGGUAAUACAGUUCAAUUAGCCAGAGAAUGUCCUUAUGUUAUUGGAGUAGAAAUAGAUAGUAAAUUCAUUGAAUUAGCAAAAAAGAAUUGUUAACAUUCAACUGUAAAUGUAGAUCUAAUUAAUGCUGAUAUAUUUACUUUAAAUAACUUAAAGACUGAUGUAAUAUUUGUUAAUCCAAGUUUAAACAUUGAAACAUUACCAUAAAAAGAUUAAAUAAAACACUGCAACCCAGAUAUUAAGAAAAUAUUAUUUAAUCAUUAAAAAAAUACAAAGAACUUUGUUUUUUAAUUACCUCCUUAAAUUGAUAUUUCUUAAUUACCUUUAUUACUUAAUAUUAAUUCUCAAUUUGGUUAUUUUAGAUAAAAUUAUCCUUCAUUUUUUAGUAUCGAAAUUGAAUAGAUCAUUCUAAAUCAACAACUUGAAUAUAUAGUAGUAUAUUGUGGAGAUGUAUCUGAUGUAUUUAUUGAUCAUCUAAACUUAUUUAGAUUAAAUAAUCAGAGAUAAUCAAAUUUCUUACUAAAUAAUUUCGUAAAGUUCAACCUGAUUGCAAUUCAAUACAGAAAUAGCAUUUAUUUUGGCUAUUUGAAUUGAUAUUUAGAAACAUUGGAAUUCAAAAUCUUACUUAUAGAACAGUAGAGGCAAUUAAAUAAAAAAAAUCAAUAGAAAAUUUUUGUAAAUUUAUUUAACAAUAAUUUUAAAUUAAUUAAGAUCUCUAUUAAAUCUAUAUUAAUCAGUAAGUGUUUAUUUAACUUAAGCAAUAAAAAUGAUAAGAAUGAUAUCUAUUCAGCAUCAAAACAGGAUAAUGAUCAACAAGAUAUAGAUAACAUGAGUCCUAGUAAUUUCUCAUAUAAAUAAAUUGAAGUUGCUAAUAUGAAUUAUUCUUAUACAAAUGAAAAUGUAUUUGAAGAUGAAGAAAUUGAAACAUAGAAUUCAUUUGUAAUGAAUUUUAAGCAUUGA